AUGAAUGGAUCAAGUCCAACCUCGCGCUCUAAGCGCAAAGCUCCCUUCUCCCCCGACGAGCACGGUCGUCUUCAUAAACACCUUCGACCCGCAAACCGAAAGCUAUCUCCGAGCGAAAAUACACCAGAUACUGAAUUACCAAGCUUUAUGGAAAGCGAUAUGGCUACAGACGAAGAACUAGUACCUUACCCCCCACAAGCUGUGCCUGACACGGCAGAAUGGCAGGCUACCAUAGAGAAGGUCGUUAGGAAUGUUGUCUCUAUUCGUUUUUGCCAGACCUGUUCCUUCGACACAGAUGCUGCAUGCGCCAGUGAAGCCACUGGAUUUGUCGUUGAUGCUGAGAAAGGAUAUAUCCUUACAAAUAGACAUGUUGUCGGUGCGGGACCAUUCUGGGGUUAUGUUGUAUUCGACAACCAUGAGGAAGUCGAUGCGUACCCCGUCUACCGAGACCCCGUUCACGACUUCGGCAUUUUGCGCUUCGACCCCAAAGCCAUCAAAUACAUGCCUGUUUCGGCCCUCCAUAUCCGCCCGGAUCUAGCAAAAGUUGGUGUGGAAAUAAGAGUUGUUGGAAACGAUGCUGGCGAAAAGCUUAGUAUCCUUUCCGGUGUCAUUAGCCGGUUAGACCGCAAUGCCCCCGAAUAUGGCGAGGGUUAUAGCGAUUUUAAUACCAAUUACUAUCAAGCUAAUGCUGCCGCCAGCGGUGGUAGCUCUGGCAGCCCGGUCGUCAAUAUCGAUGGUUUUGCUAUAGCACUGCAAGCUGGUGGGAGAUCUGAUGGCGCAUCAACCGACUAUUUCCUACCCCUCGACCGACCUUUAAGGGCCCUUCGCUGUAUACAGGAAGGGCGGCCAGUUGAGCGGGGCACUAUCCAGUGUCAAUUCCUUAUGAAGCCAUUUGAUGAGUGUCGUAGGCUUGGCCUAACGCCAAAUUGGGAGAAGGCGGUUCGGGAGACAUUUCCUAAGGAGACCAAUAUGCUUGUUGCUGAGAUAGUUCUUCCUGAAGGCCCUUCUCACAAUAAGAUCGAGGAGGGAGACGUGCUCCUAAAGGUAAAUGGUGAGAUGAUCACCCAAUUUAUUCGGCUAGAUGACAUCUUAGACUCGAGCGUUGGCAAACCUAUCCAGGUGACUCUACAACGAGGAGGUGAAGAUAUCGAUAUCGAUAUCCAAGUCGGCGAUCUUCAUGCAAUCACGCCAGACCGUUUUGUAACUGUCUCUGGGGCUAGCAUUCAUAAUCUAUCCUAUCAGCAGGCACGACUCUACGGAGUAGCUAUUGAAGGUGGCGGUGUCUUCGUUUGUGAAUCCACUGGUUCUUUCCGUUUCGAUAGUGCAGAUAACGGCUGGAUGAUCCAAAGCGUUGACCAGAAGAAGACACCUAACCUAAAUGCUUUUAUCGAUGUCGUGAAGCAGAUCCCUGACAAGAAGCGUGUUGUAGUUACAUAUAAACACCUUCGGGAUCUCCACAGCCUCAAUACCACAAUCAUUAAUGUCGACCGACAUUGGUCUGCUAAGAUGCGGCAGGCUACGCGAAACGAUACAACUGGGUUAUGGGACUUUGAGGAUAUUGCCGAUGCCCUACCCCCUGUACCUCCAGUACGCCGCAAGGGUGCUUUUAUCCAGCUGGAGCACACAUCACACCCCGCUGUAGCUGAUUUAGUCCGCAGCUUUGUGCGUGUAGGCUGUACAAUGCCUCUCAAGCUGGAUGGAUUUCCCAGGAACAGGAAGUGGGGAAUGGGUUUGGUGAUCGACGCCGAGAAGGGGUUAGUGAUUAUCUCAAGAGCAGUCAUUCCUUACGACUUGUGCGAUAUUUGGAUUACAAUCGCCGACUCCAUCGUUGUUGAAGGCAAAGUUAUCUUCAUGCAUCCACUCCAGAAUUACGCCAUUAUCAAGUAUGAUCCAGCGCUCGUUGAUGCACCAGUGUUAAGCGCAAGGCUCAGUAAAGAUAACAUCACGCAAGGAGCAUCGACAACUUUUAUUGGAUAUAACAGGAGUGGCCGAAUCGUGCACGCCGCCACCACAGUUACUGAGAUAACUACGGUAGCUAUUCCUGCUAACUCGGGCGCACCGAGGUAUCGGGCUACCAACGUCGAUGCAAUCACUGUAGACACUAAUCUUAGUGGUCAAUGUGGAAGCGGAGUGCUCGUCGACAAGGAUGGCACUGUACAAGCCUUGUGGUUGACUUAUCUAGGUGAAAGGUCCUCUGGGUCGAGAGACGAAGAGUAUCACCUGGGGCUUGCUGCUCCAACUCUAUUACAUGUUGUAUCACAAAUUCAGCAAGGUCAAGACCCUAAGCUGCGUAUGUUGCCCAUGGAGUUCCGGCCCGUUGCCAUGUCCCAAGCUCGCGUCAUGGGCGUCUCUGAGGAUUGGAUACACAAAGUCUUCUCGGCCAACAAACACAGCCAUCAGCUAUUUAUGGUCUCUAAAUGUACUUUUGAGCGUGACAACCGCCCCGUCGUCUUGCUCGAAGGUGAUAUAAUCCUGACCCUCAACGGGAAGAUCAUUACCCGUGUAUCAGAGCUGGAUGUCAUGUAUUCGCAUGAGGUACUCGAAGCUGUUAUCGUCCGAGAAAGUCAAGAGAUGCAUCUCCAAGUUCCAACGUCACCAGCUGACAAUAUAGAAACGAACCAUGCCAUUUCGUUCUGUGGUGCUAUCCUUCACGUCCCCCAUCUUGCGGUUAGGCAACAAAUAAGUAAGCUCGCCAGUGAGGUAUACGUGUCCGCUCGGAGUAGAGGUUCACCUGCAUAUCAAUACGGACUUGCACCAACCAACUUCAUCACACAUGUCAACGGCAAGCCAACACCGGAUCUCAAGACUUUCCUAGAGAAUGUAGUUAAGAUCCCGGACAAUACUUAUUUCCGAUUAAAGGCCAUGACUUUUGAUAACCAACCAUGGAUUAUCACGAUGAAAAAGAACGAACAUUACUUCCCGACAAUGGAGUGGAUAAAGGACGGCUCAGAACCGUGCGGCUGGCGACGCAUCACUUACGAGAGCGGCAAGGCUGUGGAGGGCGAGCCUACGGAUGGGAUUCUCCCAGUACAGGAUGGGGAAGACGUUGACGAUAUGGAUGACGGUGGAAUCUAA